UCUAAAGAGUUCCUAGAAAGAGGUGUGUGGUGGGAGUUCUUUGCAGAAACUUUUCUCUUCUUUCUGGAAUUAGAAGACGUACCUGUAUGUAUUAUUUUAAAGAGUGAAAUUAUGGUAUUAGGACGCCUAUGUGAGCUAAGAAAAUGUGACAUUAUAUAAGGCUCAGCAGAAAGAUGAAGAAGUGAAGUGUUUUCUAAGUUUACAUACAAUAUCUAUGACCUGACGAAAGGUAAACAAAAAGACUAAUCUUGUUAGGGCGCAACACUUACAGUGCCCCUACUUAUACUGAUCAUGUAGUUGAAUUAAAGUUGGCGUAGCUAUAUAUCAAGAAUAUUGUAAGUGAAACACCUUUUGAAAUAAUUGGAUGUAACCUAUGUGGACCCGCUGGGCAAGACUAGUCUAUUUUGUAUACAGGUGACAAUGCAAUUGAUGUUCACUGACAUUCAUGGCGAUAAGAUAUACUUCGAGGAGCACCUCAAGCCCAAGGAAUGUAACGGGAAGUCUGCAGAGAUAAGUGUGAGUAGUGGAAGGAUACAGUUUCUUCCUUGGCUAUGCUACACAAGUAUCCUGACAAUUCUCUCCUUUAUUGCACAACUUCACACCCUGCAUCCAGUAUGGCUUGGUAUUGCAGUGAUAAUACAGUUAAUAAUGUUAAUGUACAGAGUACAUCGUAAAGUUAUACGAGAAACAUUACUUGUUGUGGCUGGACUUGGAGUACAAACUACCAUUACAUUUUACUCUGGUCGCCAACAUACUCGUUUCAUUUUGUGGAGUGAUGUCAUUGAUAUCAUUAUUGCAGAGACGAUAACAAUGCAACAGGUACUGUUUUAUUUAGCAUUGUUGGUGCGAGCUGAAAAAUCCAGGGAUAGUGUGAAAUUACUACCACUGUUCAUGAAUACAUGGCCGCGAUUAGCAUGUCUCCAGCAAAUCUAUUCAGCUUGUCAAGAAGUUUUGUUUCCUGACAAAUCCAAACUAAAAAGGUACUGAAAUAACCACCAAGAGUGCCCUAAUCCAUCUUGUCCUAAAGGGAAAAUGUGGCCAUGUGUAUAUUUCUCUCACUAACUCUUUCAGAUUCUGAUUAUGUGAAAUUGCAUCAUCCAAUUCUCAAACUAUGAGGUUUCAGUGAUGCUAUUGAUGGAAAAUGUGGAAAGUCCCCUAAAAAGUAUUUAGUGUGCUCCUCAUCCUCUUUACAAAGUACUAUUGUAGAAAAGAAUGUUAUAUGCUGUUUAUAACAGUUCAAAUUAAAUUAUUGCCAUUGGUGAGAGGUCGAGUUCUGGAAUGGUUGCGCCAUAUACCAAGUUUCUGGUUAAAAUGAAAAUUGUAAGAGAAUAAAAAGAUUGUAAAAUUCAGGUGUACCA